UAUUAUUGAAAUAUCACAUAAAAGGACAUUUAAUUCUGGAGAUUGUCAUUUCUGGAAACAGAAAAGACAGUUGAAGUUGUCUAUUCCACAUAAAAGUGAGUGGAGAGGAUGACAUGCUAUAUUUUAGUCCUUUAUAUCAUCAUAGAAUUGAGACGGUGGUAGGAUAAGAAAUGUUAAUACCCAAGUUGCUGAUGAAAGUCUUGAGAGAUUAUACAUCAGAAUGAAUUGUUUUGCUUGCUCUUCUCGAUUAACUACAGACAUGGAGAUUAAUGAAGACGACCGUUCAGAAUGUAGGUCUCCAGUUUCUAGUGCAAAUUCAAGUGGUGAUGGUGCAAGGAGAACUAGUACACGCGGUCGAUCUGUUUCAAAGGCUGGACCUUCUGCUCCAGCAGCCAAUGCUGCCGCCACAACUUUUACAUAUCAAGAGCUUGCGUAUGCAACUGAGAAUUUUAAACCAGAACUCCUGUUAGGUGAAGGUGAAAACGGGCGUAUUUAUAAAGGUUGCUUGCAGAACACUAGGCAGGUAGUUGCGGUGAAACAGCUUAAUAGGGAAAAUGGCUCUUCAAGUCGAAUGUUUUUGACUGAGGUUCUCAUGCUUAGCCUCUUACACCAUCCUAAUACAGUUGAUUUGAUUGGUUAUUGUGCUGAAGGGAACCACCUACUUCUUGUUUAUGAAUUUAUGCCAUUGGGAUCCUUGGGGGAUCAUUUGCAUGACCUUCCACCCACUAAAGAGCCUCUGGACUGGAAUAUGAGGAUGAAGAUUGCAGCUGGCGCAGCUAAAGGCUUGGAAUACUUGCAUGAUAAAGCAAACCCACCUGUUAUUCAUAGAAAUCUCAAAUCAUCCCACAUUCUUCUUGGUGAAGGAUAUCAACCUAAGCUAUCAGAUUUCGGGCUUGCUAAACUGGGUCCGACUGGAGGCAAAACUCACAUCUCAACAAGAGUCAUCGGAUCAACUGCUUAUCGUGAUCCUGAGUAUGCAAUGACUGGUAAACUCACUCUAAAAUCAGAUAUCUACAGUUUCGGUGUAGUCUUGCUUGAACUUAUUACAGGGCGCAAAGCAGUUGAUACCACUGCCCCCCGGGAAGAGAAGAAUCUAGUUGAAUGGGCUAGACCUUUCUUUAAGGACCGUAAGAAGUUCCCAAAGAUGGCUGAUCCACUGUUGCAAGGUCGUUAUCCAAUGCGAGGCCUUUACCAGGCUCUUGCUGCUGCAGCUAUGUGUUUGCAACCAGAUGCUGAAGCUAGACCUAUCAUUGGAGAUGUUGUAACAGCACUCUCAUAUUUAGCUUCGCAAACUUACGACCCAAAUUCUAAUCAGAAUAACGUUGUUGUUAGCAUAUCUGCAUUUAUGGACAAGGAAGCUCGGAAAAGUACCGGUGAUUCAUCUGGUAGACAGAAAAAAAAGGGAUGGCAGUUCUAACAGAACAAAUGGAUAACCAUGAGGUAAAUUAUGACAAAUUGCAACUCCUACGAAACAUCUGCGGAAGCCAUGUCUGAAAGAAAGGAAUGCAUAUCAUUGUCCUGCCAAACAAAUCUGAAAACCGGCAUUAUUUGCAUGGCUCGUAUUCUGGUUGAUCCUAUCUGUACUUUGCAUCAUGUUUUUUCAUUAACAGAGAAUGAAAACGACUGGCAAGCUUACGUAUAUGUACUAGUUUCUGUAUAGAAGAUUGAUUUUUAUAGUCUGACACCGUGUAACCUGUAGAUGCCACUUUUUGUGUUGGAAUGGGAAU